AUGGACUAUGAGAGAGCCGGAGUUGAGCGAAAGUUGCAACUGCAAGAAUUAGAGAACCUCCGCUUAGAAGCUUAUGAAAACUCCAGGUUGUAUAAAGAGAAAGUGAAGGCUGUGCAUGACAAGAACAUCAAGAGAAGAGAAUUCCAACAUGGGGACUUAGUCCUACUUUACAACUCCAGAAUGCGGCUCAUACUAGGCAAGCUGAGAUCCAAAUGGGAUGGUCCCUAUCGAGUAGAGAGGGUGGAACCAUACGGAGUCUUUCACAUGAGCCAUCCUUCAAGCUCUGAACUUAUCAAAGUCAAUGGACAUCGCUUGAAGUUAUUCCAUGGUGAAAAGUAG